UACAUUUUGGAACGUUGUGCACAAAGACAAUAUCUUGAUGUUUUUGAAUUUAAAAUGCACUGAUGGAUGUGUAAAAUUGCUUUAUGCAGUCCACAUUACUGCAGAUCUUUUAUUAUCUGUAUCGUUUCAAAAUAAGUUAUUGACUCAUAUCAGUAGUAAGUAUAAUGAGUUACCUAUAAAAGUAAGUAAUAUUAAUGAAAUUCAUGAAAUACUUGAUCAUAUUGAAAUGUUAGAAACUAAAGACUUAAUGAAUUCGAUUGAAAUUAUAAUCAACCUGAUGAAAUCUUUAAGUUUCACAAAUGAAGGUGAUAAAAUUUUAUUUGAGUUCAUGAUUGAACAACUUUCUCUUGUAAAAUGUAAGCCCCAAAAUCGUCAAUAUUCAUCCAAUACCUUAAUUUUAGCUUCUAUGUUUUAUUUGUUAUCGCCCCAAGCAUAUAAAUUUGUCCGACAAUCUGGUAAUUUAAUUUUGCCUCAUCCAAGUACUAUACAUAAAAUAAGUUCUAAAUUAAAUGUAAAUCCCCAAAAGGAAACAGAUGAUAUGUUGUUUUUGGCAUAUGCUAAGCAAAAAGCUUGCUAUCUGAAAGAGCAUGAAUUAUAUGUUUCAUUAAUGAUGGAUGAAAUUCACAUCAGACCUUUUCUUGACUACAAAAGUGGAGAUAUUGUUGGAAUUGGCCAGGAAGUUGAUAACUUAGCUUCUAGUGCACAUGUAUUUAUGAUACAGAGUAUUUUGUGCUGCUUUAAAGAUGUUGUCCAUAUAUUACCAUCGAAGAAAAUGACAGCUGAAGUUUUGUUCACUGUUUUGAAAAAAAUAAUUGUUGGUCUUGAAGCAAUAGGUUUCAAAGUAAUUGUUGUUGUUAGUGACAAUAAUUCCAUUAAUAGAAGAUGUAUAUCUCUGUUUAAUAAUCCAUUAUCAAAUUUUGUAUUUCCUCAUCCUGUUGAUGCAACUCGUCCAUUGUUUUAUGCAGUUGAUUCUGUUCAUAUUAUUAAAAGUGUUCGUAACAACUGGUUAAACCAGAAAAACCCUGAACAAGCUAUGUAUUUUCCAAAUUUUGACUUGUCUUCAAAUAAUGUAUGUACCUCUUCAUUUCUUACUUUAAAAAAUAUGUAUGAAGCUGAAAGUGGUAAUUUGUUAAAAUAUGGAUAUACAAUAUCUCGUAAAGCUCUGUGGCCUACAAAUUUAGAACGUCAAAGUGUGAAACUGGCUUUACAAAUUUUCAACGAUCAAACAUCACAAGGCCUGAAAGAAUUAGGAGUAAAGCAUAAUUUGUUAAAUUUUCACGAAACAUCUGCAUAUAUUAAAAUAUUUUCGUCGUGGUUUUCAAUAAUGAAUGUUAAAACACCAAACAAGGGGGUACAUUCUUGUGAUGACUUCUGUAAACCAUUAGUAUGGAAUGAAUCAGACAAGAAGUUUGUAUUUUUAAAUAAUUUUCUUGAUUGGUUGAUGAAAUGGAAAGAAAUGAAGAGUGAUACGGGUAGGUUGACAAAAGAGACACUUUCUGCUCUUAUAUUAACAACAACGUGUAUGAUAGAAAUGUGUAGGUAUUGUCUAGGUGAACUCAACAUGUCGUAUUUUUUGCCCGGUAAAAUUCAGACAGAUGAAUUGGAACAAAUUAUCAUAUAUCACUUCGACAGGUUUUUGAAGUAGAAAACAAACUACGUGCAUGUUCUGUAUUAAAUCUAACUAUGAUAUCGAAAAGUAAAGGGACAAUUGUUAUCGAUGACUUUUCUAACUCUUUUGAUU